ACAGCUGAUUUGUGAACGUAUGAAUCCAAAGUUGUGUAAUUUUGUGAUUUGUGAGCACAUCGGGCACAUAGGGCUGCGGGUGCAGUGACGCUCGGUGAUCGGUAGGAGUCGCCAAUGAGCCUUUGCAAACAUGGCUGCCCAGGAUGAACUCAAUCAACUGGAGCGGGUGUUUCUGCGCCUGGGCCAUGCAGAGACGGAUGAUCAGCUUCAGGACAUUAUCUCCAAAUUUCUCCCACCCGUUCUCCUCAAACUCUCCAGUGUGCAAGAGGGUGUGCGGAAGAAAGUGAUGGAACUGCUCGUCCACCUGAACAAGAGGAUAAAAAGCAGACCUAAGAUUCAGCUACCAGUAGAAACUUUACUGGUUCAGUACCAAGACCCAGCAGCAGCCUCCUUUGUUACGAAUUUUACCAUUAUCUACAUAAAAAUGGGCUACCCUCGCCUGGAGGUGGGAAAGCAGUGUGAGUUGGCCCCCACCCUAUUAACGGCUAUGGAAGGCAAGCCACAACCUCAGCAGGACAGCCUAAUGCACCUGCUGAUUCCUACUCUUUACCAUAUGAAAUAUCCAGCAGACGCCUCCAAGAAAGCUUCUCCUUUUAACUUAAGUGAGCGGCCAAAGACAGUACAGCUCUUGCUGGAGUUCAUGUUGGACGUCUUGCUGAUGCCUUAUGGGUUUGUGCUGAAUGAAUCUCCCACUCGCCCUUCACCAUCCUCCUCCCAAGGGGCUUCUGCUGAUGGGGCUGCGGCGGCUGCAUCCGGGCAGAGUCUACCCCAAGCUCCCCCAGGGAUGAAUAUCUAUGCUGCCAAGAGGGUCAUAGGAGAGGCCCAGUGGACCUCUGAGCAGCUAGAGCAGUGUAAGCUGGGCAUAGUGAAGUUCAUUGAGGCAAAGCAAGUGCCAGAAGUGGAGACGGUGGUGCACCUGGUGGUGGCGUCCAGCGACACCCGACACAGCGUGGCCACUGCAGCUGAUCUGGAACUCAAGAGCAAACAGAGCAUUAUUGAUUGGAACAACCCCUUAAUAAUCAACAAGAUGUACAAGGUUUACCUGGGGGAUGUUCCUCUCAAAACAAAGGGCGGCACGAUGAAGCAUGAGCUGAAACAUGAACCAGUGAGCACGAGAGUCAAGUUAAAGAUCCUUCCACAUCUUUUACGCUCCCGUCUCGCUGCAGAGUGCUUCCCAGCUAAUAUCCAGGUUGUUUAUGAUGGUUUGUUUGGUGCCAACACCAACAACAAACUGCUCUCUCUCACCUUGCAGUUUGUCCAUCACAUCUGUAUGGUGUGUCCCGAUACUAAUAAGCCAUUAGGACUAAUGCUGCUGAAUGGCCUUACCAAGCUUAUUAAUGAGUACAAAGAGGAUCCCAAAUUACUAUGUGUUGCAUAUUCUGCUGUUGGAAAACUCUCAAGCCGUAUGCCUCAGCUCUUCACAAAGGAUAUUGCGCUGGUGCAGCAGUUUUUUGAGUCCAUGUGUAAGGAGGAGCCUGAUGUACGUCUAGCCAUCCAGGAGGCUUUGUCUAUGAUGGUUGGAGCCUAUGCCAACCUACAGGGGGCACUACUGAACUUGAUGGAGGCAUUGGUGGCUGCAUACAUUGUGAAGCCUGAGGUCCAAAUUCGCCAGGUUGCAAUGAAGUUUGCAAGUACAGUGUUUGGGCCUGAUCAUGUGCCAUCAAGAUACCUGCUGCUGCUCGCUGCUGGAGACCCGCGCGAGGAGGUGUCUGGGGAGGCUCAGAAGGUCUUGAGGAUGUUUCCGACUAAAAGUCCUGAGAAGGAGGGACCCAAGCCGAUUCCCUCCUUUCCGGAGAUGGUGGCCUACGUUCAAGAGAAGGCUUCUCAGAGAAUCAAGACUCCAGCCAAAUACAUUGUCGGAACUUCAGCUAUUCCCUUCAACCCAUCUGCCUUUGAAGAAAUUGUGCUGUACCUGAGGAUGUGUCUGGGAUACAGCGCGGGCGCCACGCCACAGUUCAUCCGACUUACAGACAUGCAGGACGACGCGCCAGUCAUCGGCCGCUAUGUCCGCACACUUCUGUCCUCUGAGUCUUUAGGGUCCAAGGGCGCUGAGAUCAAUCCUGUUCAUAUCUACUUGGACUUAUUGCAGCAGCUGCUGUCUGCCGUUGGAGGAAUUCCGGUAAUGUACUGUCUCUUGGAGGUGGUGUCUGUUUGCCCAGAGAAACUGGCUCCCAAGUUUGUUGAUAAAAUUGACUGGAUUAAGAGUCUGAUGAACACAAAUAAGGAGGACAUGAGGGAGCUUGCAGCCCAGCUGUACGCUGUGGUGGUCUCCACAAUGACGGGCAAUGAUCUACAGGCCGCCGUGCACAACUUGGUCAAAAUCACCAAAGACAACCGCAGUCCUGAGACCCAGCAUGGUGCCAUCUUGGCACUUGGCUACAUGGUGGGAAGGUACAUGAGCAAAAAGAAAGCUGCCGCAUGUAGUGAGCCGGCCCACAAGUGCAGCAUCACCUCUCGGGAAGAGGAUGACAUUGUUGCCAUGGCAACGAAGACAAUUGGCUCCUUCCUGGAGAACAGUAGUCCACUGUUGCCAGUAGCAGCAUGUACAGCUCUUGGAGAAAUUGGUCGGAAUGGAGCUCUGCUGAUUCCAGCAGAGGGUGACGGCCUCACCAAACUGUCCAUUGUAGAAAACCUCCUUGCACGCAUCCCCUCUGGCAAAGAGACUACCAAGAUAAAGGAACGGUCAAUCCAGACUUUAGGCUACCUACCAGUAGGAGAUGGAGACUUCCCUCAUCAGAAGAAGCUGCUACAGGGACUUAUGGACUCAGUAGAGGCCAAGCAAGUGGAGUUGCAGUUCACAGUGGGGGAAGCGAUUACCAGUGCUGCGUUAGGCACCAGCUCCGGCGCUGUAAGAGAUCCAUGGACCUGCACUGAAGACCAGUACAGCCCACCGUCAAAUGUCAAAAACAAUGACGUGGUUCCUUGGGUCCUCAACUCAGUGUUGUCGAAGUACAUUCCUAGCCAAAACCCUCAUGUCCGGCAGGCAGCCUGUAUCUGGCUUCUCUCCCUGGUUAAGAAACUCAGCCAACACAAGGAAAUCAAGUCCCAUUUGAAGGAGAUCCAGGUGGCGUUCAUCUCUGUUCUUUCAGAACCGGAUGAGUUGAGUCAGGAUGUGGCAUCUAAAGGCCUGGGCCUGGUCUAUGAGAUGGGUGGAGAGGCAGACCAGCAGGAACUGGUGUCCACCUUGGUGGAAACACUCAUGACGGGCAAAAGAAUAAAGCAUGCUGUGUCAGAAGACACGCAGGUGUUCCAAGGAGAGGGGAUUGGCAAAACACCUGAUGGCCACAGCUUGUCUACAUACAAAGAGCUCUGCUCGUUGGCAAGCGACCUGAACCAGCCUGAUCUCGUAUACAAAUUCAUGAACCUGGCCAACCAUCACGCUAUGUGGAACUCUCGAAAGGGUGCUGCAUUUGGCUUUCACAUGAUCGCCACCAAGGCCGGGGAGCAGCUGGCUCCAUUUCUCCCGCAGUUGGUGCCACGACUGUACCGCUACCAGUUUGACCCCAACCUAAGCAUUCGCCAGGCCAUGACCAGCAUUUGGGAUGCCUUAGUUACUGAUAAGACACUGGUGGACAAGUACCUGAAGGAGAUCCUGCAUGAUGUCAUUUCUAACCUCACCAGCAACACCUGGAGAGUGCGGGAGUCCAGCUGCUUGGCGCUCAACGACUUGGUUCGAGGCCGCCAGGCUGAUGACCUCAUCGAUCACUUGGCUGAAAUGUGGGAGACUCUUUUUAGAGUGCUUGACGAUAUCAAGGAAUCUGUGAGGAAGGCUGCAGAUCUAACACUGAAAACGCUCAGUAAGGUGUGCACUCGUAUGUGCGAGUCUACCGGUUCUACUGCCCAGAGAACUGUGGCAGCACUUCUGCCCACUUUGCUGGAGAAGGGUAUAGUCAGCAAUGUCUCUGAAGUUCGCUCGCUCAGCAUCCAGACCCUAGUUAAGAUAAGUAAGACAGCCGGCGCCCGACUCAAGCCUCACGCUUCCAGACUUAUCCCGGCCCUCCUGGAGGCCCUGAGCAACUUGGAGCCUCAGGUCCUCAACUACCUCAGCCUCAGAGCCACAGAGCAGGAGAAGAGUGCCAUGGAUGCUGCCAGGCUCAGCGCUGCCAAAUCCUCUCCAAUGAUGGAAACCGUUAACAUGUGUUUGCAGCACCUGGACAUUACAGUGCUGGGGGAGCUGGUUCCCAGGCUUUGUGAGCUGCUGAAGAGUGGAGUCGGCCUUGGCACCAAGGGAGGUUGUGCCAGUGUGAUCGUUUCCCUCACAGUGCAGUGUCCCCAGGACCUCGCCCCAUACUCAGGUAAACUGAUGAGCGCUUUGCUCAGCGGCAUCCACGACAGAAGCGCUGUGGUUCAGAAAGCCUUUGCCUUUGCUCUGGGCCAUCUUGUCAGGACAGCUAAAGACAGCAGCGUGGAAAAGCUACUUUUGAAGCUCAACGCCUGGUACCUGGAGAAAGAAGAGCCAGUGUACAAGUCCUCUUGCGCGCUGACUAUGCACGCCAUUAGCCACUAUAGCCCCGAUGUGCUGAAGGCCCACGCGGGAGUGGCACUGCCGCUGGCUUUCCUGGGCAUGCACCAGGCACCCGGCGCUGACGAGGAGAAGGGAGAAAGUCAGGAUGCCACCUUGUGGGCCGAAGUGUGGCAGGAGAAUGUCCCCGGAAGUUUCGGAGGCAUCCGACUCUACAUGACUGAGCUCAUCGCCAUUACCCAGAAGGCAUUGCAGUCCCAGUCUUGGAAGAUGAAGGCUCAGGGUGCAGCUGCCAUGGCAACCGUUGCCAAGGAACAGACCGGCUCGUUGGUGACGCCACACCUGGGCUUGGUGCUGACUGCCUUAAUGCAGGGCCUGGCGGGACGCACGUGGGCGGGCAAGGAGGAGCUACUGAAGGCCAUUGGAUCAGUUGUCUCCAAAUGCAGCACCGAGCUCCAGAAGCCUUGUGCCGGCCAGCCCGCCACGUCGGAGGUGCUGGAGGUGGUCCUCAAGGAAUGUCGCAAGGAGAGUCUGGUGUACAAAAUGGCCGCCCUGUGCUGCGCGGGCGACGUGCUUCACAGCAGCCAGGACGACCGCUUUGGCGACAUGACCGACAUCCUCUUCCCGCUGAUAAAGAAGAGGUGCCCAGAGAGCGGCGCAGCGUCACUGAGGUCACGAGAGGAGGAGAAGGAUGACCUCACCACCAAGGAGAAAGAACUGCAGACGGCAGCUCUGCUCUGUGCUUUUGAGACCCUGGGGAAGACUUGGCCCAAGAACGCCCAGACCCAAUCUCGUUUCCAGGUGGAGGUAUGCAGCCUCAUGUGUGAUAAGUUGCAAUUGAGCACAUGGAAGGUGCAGCUUGCUGUUCUCCACUGCAUGAAGAACUAUUUCCAGGGAUUGUUGUUGUUUGAGAAGAACAGCAGCGACGUGAGCACGCUGUCGCUCAUCCUAACCCACACGUGUGCCGCUCUCACUCAUCCUUUAGAAAACAAAAGUUAUUCAUCUGUGAGGACGGAGGCCUUGUCCGUAGUGGAGCUGAUCGUGAAGAGAACAGGAGAGAGCGAGCAGUGGGAUUGUGUGUCGGUGAAGAGUCGGGAGCAGCUGCAGCGUUCGCUGUCUACGCUUCAGUCGGACAGCAGACCGGACCUGAGAGACAAAGCCCAAGAGCUGCGCAGGCACAUCCAGAGCCAACCCUGAAAACACGCACGCACCAGCCGCACUUACUCUGUGGCAAAAGUAAUAAGAAAUAACACAACUUGUGGAAGUUGUCUUUUGUAGUGUCCUUUCUAUUUGGCUCUUUGGACAGUUGUUGUAAUAAUACAUUUAAAUGUGAUGAACCAGAGUGCUUGACACUGUCUAACUGGCCCCGAAGAUGGGCUUUUACUACUGUCGAGCGUUUGUCUACUCGUUAAAUAUCAACAGCUCCUUUAACUUGGCUGACUGUUGCCAAAACGCUGAAAUUAAAGAUGACAGUACUUCAAUUACUCUUUACUCCCUUGUGUUGCUGAAAUCUUUGGUCGACAACUGUUUGCAAGAUGAAUGACUGGACUUUUUCCAUCAAGUCUUGAAACUAAGUUACAACCCUGUUUAAGUGAUAUGCUUUAGUUGUUUCAAUUUGUCACUAGUGAAAUAAAAACAACCUUGUCUCAA